GGGGAGGAGGACUACAGGAUCCAGAGGUCUUUGGGAACUCCGGCAGCUCCAAGCUUGUUGGCUACUACAAUUUCCCGGAGGAGGGACGCUAUGAAAACAAACCCUGAUUGGUCAGGCCUGAGCUGAAUUUUCCAUUUAUGGACAGAUUGCCCAGCCCGAGACGAGGCGCAGGCAGAAGAGUACGGAGUAAGUGGCCGAAGAAAGAGGGGCGAGACUGAGGAACCAGGCAGACGCGCCGAGCGCAUCGCACUCACCUAGUCAGACGGCGAGCGCGGGGCCCGAGUGGACCCCUGCCCUGCGCAGGAUGCGCCCCGCCUGCUAAAUCGCCCCCCUCUCACCCUCACCUAGCGCCGCCGAGCCCGCCUGGAUGGAGUGCCCUCUGGGUUCCCAUUGGCUCCUGUGAGUGCUUGGGUGUCGGGAGCCUGUUUUUGGCGAGGGGAACCAACUUUUGAAGUUCUCCCAGGAGACUGCGUUCCGGCCCCAGCUCCGCGGCAGCCGGACCGACCGGGUGGAGGCGCGACCGCGGCGCGAGUCACCAUGGGAAGCAAGGGUGCCUACCGCUACCACUGGCAGAGCCACAAUGUCAAGCACAGUGGCGUGGACGACAUGGUGCUGCUCUCCAAGAUCUCGGAGAAUGCCAUUGUGGAGAAUCUAAAAAAGAGAUACAUGGACGACUACAUUUUUACAUACAUAGGAUCUGUACUAAUCUCAGUCAACCCUUUCAAGCAGAUGCCAUAUUUCGGGGAAAAAGAAAUUGAAAUGUACCAAGGAGCGGCACAGUAUGAAAACCCACCACAUAUCUAUGCCCUUGCAGAUAAUAUGUACAGAAACAUGAUCAUUGACAGAGAGAACCAGUGCGUCAUCAUCAGGUACGGAGAAGAUCGUUCUCAGUACGCGUGGAGGAUAUCCAUGUUUUUGGCAAAAACGUUCAUCGGUGUUGCCGUGCGCUUCAUGUUGCACGUGAAGGACAUCAUCCUGCAGUCCAACCCGCUGCUGGAGGCUUUCGGGAAUGCCAAGACAGUCCGGAACAACAACUCCAGUCGAUUUGGAAAAUACUUUGAAAUCCAGUUCAGUCCAGGUGGAGAACCAGAUGGUGGAAAGAUCUCCAACUUCCUUCUGGAAAAAUCCAGGGUGGUGAUGAGGAACCCUGGAGAGCGGAGUUUUCACAUAUUUUACCAGCUCAUCGAGGGCGCCUCUGCGGAGCAGAAACACAGCCUCGGCAUCACCAGCAUGGACUAUUAUUACUACCUGAGCCUCUCUGGGUCCUACAAGGUGGAUGACAUCGACGACAGGCGGGAGUUUCAGGAAACCCUGCACGCGAUGAACGUGAUCGGGAUCUUCGCAGAGGAGCAAACGCUGGUGCUGCAGAUCGUGGCGGGCGUGCUCCACCUGGGCAACAUCAGCUUCAAGGAGGUCGGCAAUUACGCCGCUGUGGAGAGCGAGGAGUUUUUGGCUUUUCCUGCAUACCUCCUGGGGAUAAACCAGGAGCGAUUGAAAGAAAAACUCACAAGCCGGCAGAUGGAUAGUAAAUGGGGAGGCAAGUCGGAGUCCAUCCACGUGACCCUCAAUGUGGAGCAGGCCUGUUACACCAGAGAUGCGCUCGCCAAGGCCCUGCACGCCCGAGUCUUUGAUUUCUUGGUAGAUGCCAUCAAUAAGGCAAUGGAGAAAGACCAUCAAGAAUACAACAUUGGCGUCCUGGACAUCUAUGGCUUUGAAAUAUUCCAGAAAAAUGGCUUUGAACAGUUUUGUAUCAAUUUCGUUAAUGAAAAAUUACAGCAGAUCUUUAUUGAACUGACAUUAAAGACAGAACAGGAAGAAUAUGUUCAAGAGGGAAUAAGAUGGACACCCAUUGAGUACUUUAAUAACAAAAUCGUGUGUGACCUCAUAGAGAACAAAGUUAACCCUCCUGGAAUCAUGAGCAUCCUGGAUGACGUGUGUGCCACGAUGCACGCGGUGGGUGAGGGCGCCGAUCAGACGCUGCUCCAGAAACUCCAGAUGCAGAUUGGGAAUCACGAGCACUUCAACAGCUGGAACCAAGGCUUCAUUAUUCACCACUAUGCUGGGAAGGUAUCCUAUGACAUGGAUGGCUUUUGUGAGCGCAACCGUGACGUGCUUUUUAUGGAUCUGAUCGAGCUUAUGCAGAGCAGCGAGCUACCUUUCAUAAAGUCUUUAUUUCCGGAAAAUCUGCAAGCUGACAAGAAAGGACGCCCAACUACUGCCGGAAGCAAAAUAAAGAAACAAGCCAAUGACCUUGUGAGCACCCUGAUGAAAUGCACACCCCACUACAUCCGCUGCAUAAAACCCAACGAAACCAAGAAACCCAGAGACUGGGAAGAAAGCAGGGUAAAGCAUCAAGUGGAAUACCUGGGUCUGAAAGAAAACAUUCGGGUGAGAAGAGCUGGCUACGCUUAUCGGCGCAUCUUUCAAAAAUUCCUACAGAGAUACGCCAUUCUGACCAAAGACACCUGGCCAUCAUGGAGAGGAGACGAGAAGCAAGGUGUCCUCCACCUGCUGCAGUCCGUCCACAUGGACAGUGACCAGUUCCAGCUGGGGAGGAGUAAAGUGUUCAUCAAAGCCCCAGAGUCUCUAUUUCUUCUAGAAGAGAUGAGGGAGCGAAAGUAUGAUGGCUAUGCUCGAGUGAUUCAGAAAUCAUGGAGGAAGUUCGUGGCCAGGAAAAAAUAUGUCCAAAUGAGAGAAGAAGCCUCAGACCUCUUGUUGAACAAGAAGGAGAGAAGGAGAAACAGUAUUAACAGGAACUUCCUCGGGGAUUACAUUGGGAUGGAGGAGCACCCCGAACUCCAGCAGUUUGUGGGCAAGAGGGAGAAGAUUGACUUUGCAGACACUGUCACCAAGUACGACCGGAGGUUCAAGGGUGUAAAGCGAGACUUGCUUCUUACCCCAAAGUGCUUGUACUUAAUUGGACGAGAAAAGGUCAAACAGGGCCCAGACAAAGGCCUUGUGAAAGAAGUGCUGAAGCGGAAGAUCGAGAUGGAGAGGAUCUUGUCCGUGUCCCUCAGUACUAUGCAGGAUGACAUUUUUAUUCUCCACGAGCAAGAGUAUGACAGUUUGCUUGAAUCUGUCUUCAAAACGGAAUUCUUAAGCCUCUUAGCAAAGCGUUAUGAGGAAAAAACCCAGAAGCAACUACCUCUGAAAUUCAGCAAUACGCUUGAACUGAAGCUGAAAAAGGAGAACUGGGGUCCCUGGAGUGCAGGCGGCUCCCGGCAAGUGCAGUUCCACCAAGGCUUCGGCGACAUGGCCAUCCUUAAGCCCAGUAACAAGGUGCUGCAGGUCAGCAUUGGACCCGGUCUGCCCAAGAACUCCCGUCCUACCAGAAGGAACACAAUCCAAAACAAAGGUUAUUCCGGUGGAAUUCAAAAUACCAACUACCCGACGAGAGUUGCCCCUCCUCCCCCAGGAUACCAUCAGAAUGGAGUCAUCAAAAACAAGUUUGCGCCACACCCCCAUGGCCCCGGAAACCAGAGGUCCAAUCAGAAAAGCCUGUACACCUCCAUGGCCCGCCCGCCCUUGCCAAGGCAACAGUCCACUGGCUCAGACAGAGUGUUCCAGACACCCGAGAGCCUGGAUUUCCUCAAGGUUCCAGACCAGGGCGCUGCGGGAGUCCGGAGACAAACGACCAGCCGGCCUCCCCCAGCAGGGGGCAGACCCAAGCCCCAGCCCAAGCCUAAGCCUCAGAUGCCCCAGUGCAAGGCUCUGUACGCCUAUGAUGCUCAGGACACAGAUGAACUCAGCUUCAAUGCCAAUGAUAUCAUUGAUAUUAUCAAAGAAGAUCCUUCUGGCUGGUGGACGGGUCGGUUACGAGGCAAGCAGGGCCUGUUCCCCAACAACUACGUGACCAAGAUCUGAGCACACAGAUGCUGAUGCACCAGGCAAAAGAGCUCCAGGCCCAGACGGGGAGGGGACAUUUGGGGGCUCCUCCUCUGAUCCACAGCAAGAACAGCUUCCCAAGGCCUGGAGUUACUCUAUACCUUUCCCAGGGAGGACGCCGACAGGGCUGGGUGGGCACAGGGAAUGUCCCUCCAUACAUGAUCCUAAAAGGUCGACUGUUCCUAGGAACCCAGGAGAGCAAACCACCACCCACCAAGAUUUAUUUAUUGUAUUUAAACCUGGUGAGAGGAUGAGCCAGGGCCACUCAGACUUGUUGGCUUCUAGAGAAUCGGCACCCCACGCUCUCCGGGCCCGGGGAAAGGCUGUGGGGACCGCUGACAAGUGCCUUUAGCUGAAGAGCACAUUUCUUUCGUCCCCCUUUUCCUUACCUGACAUACACAUUCCUCUCCGCCUGCUGGCGGCCUUCGGGGGGACCCUCUCUCUGCAGGCUGGGCUCAGCGAGGGGGCACUUCCCGUGAAAUGCUAGGGGCGGCAUGGCUGCUGAGCCCCUGCGUGCCAAGGGCGCUGGUCUACUCCUCACCGGGAUUGGCAGGGGCUGCCAGGCUGGGGCUGGGCUGUCGGCCUUGUUUUCUCGGGGUCUUCGAUUGGAAUGUGGCUGGCCCAUGUUGGUUUUGUGUUUAAUGCUGUACCUAUUCCAAGAAGGAUCUUUUUUUUUUUUCCCCAAGCUGUACAUUUAUAAAAACAGAUCAUAUACUGUACAUACAAAAAUCUCAAGAUGGUAGAAAUAUGUAUGAAUGUACUAAGUAGUAUUCCACUGUACUCAUUCAUAAGGUAGGUUUCAUUACAAGGCUCGCACCAGGUACUUACAAAUGUGCACUACUCCUGUUCAGCUACAGAAUCAGUAUUACUGCUUCCUGGCUCAGCCCCUGCAAACCCUUCUCACCUCUUCCCUGGAGGUAAUUUUCCUCUCUCCCCCUCUGGGUCCCUCCCUGCUAAAUAAAUAAAGGAAUCAGUGAACCGCCUUGCUCUUCCAUGAUGUUCAUUGCAGUCAUAGGGAAAAGCUGGAAACAAUGUUAACACAGUUAAGAGUUGUUGUACCCUGAAAUUUCUCUACCUCUCCUCCCAACUACCACAGGUUACUGGGAGGUUAGGGUUUGACCAACAUACACCUGAGUAUUCUCAAGUCCCUGGAAAAAAAUUAUUGGAUUACAUAUGAGAAAAAAACAUAUAUAUUUAUCUGAAUUUAGAACUUCAUUCUCCUCUGUUUUAUACUUCAAGAAUAGAGAGCAGAUUUCAUUUCAGUAACUAUAACAAACAGUGUGUAACAUGUACUUCAGUUCCAUCUUGCGACGAGGUAAAUUAAGAGAUGGAGAAAAAUAAAGCCCCGGUAUGAUGAAACGAAGAAGCUAAUAGUCUCUAUGUUUUACAAAGUCCUUCCACCUUUAUGGACGGAUUGAAAGUGGGAAGACGGAAGAAAGAACAAGAAUUUGGACUGAGGCGCCUGCUUCUCUGCCCUGGACCCCUCCCCUUGCUAACAUAAACCCCUGGCAAGCUGGCACAGGCUCCCCUCAACCAUCUCCUAAGUCAUUCCCAGCAGAUUUGAACUUAAUGAUGGCAUUUUGAACUUGUGUAUAACUGGGAAUCCUCAGGCUUUGGGUGACAACAUAGGAACCGAGUUAAAUGUCCCCACAAGCAGCAGGUAGAAUGCAAGUCCCUGAAGGUCACAGAUCAAGCCCUGCCCUGCACUCGGUGCCUAGCCCAUGCCGGGCGCCAGGAGUAGCUUGUGGUGGUUGAAUAGGGGAGUGAAUUUGUGUUUAUGUGGGGAAAAGACUUAGAUCCUAGUGGAGAUGCUAAAAUUCUGAAAUUGUCCAUUAAAAAGUAAAAAUUUAGAGAUGCACAUUGUAGGGGCUGCAACCAUGGGCUCACACAUAGCAACGGUGACUGUGAGGAUGGCCCAGGAGCAGGCAGCGUCCCUUCUGUUGUGCACAGGGUUGCUAUGAGUUGGAAUUGACUCAACGGCACGUAUCAACAAUAACCUUCUUAACCUUACCAUUGUCUAUAUAGAUAUGGUAAAUGGCGCUACUGAACAAAAUCUGGAGUAGAUUUUUGUUUUUUUUCUUCCUAAUUAAAAAAUGCCCUUUUCUCUCUCUGGGGCCUUAAAAGUCAUUAACCUGGCUUUGCUCCAGCCCCUGGAUCUAGCCAGCCCUGUCAUUUUGUUCACUGCUCCAUUAUACAAGAGUCACUUCACCUGGGCGAGCGUGAAAAAGAUGGUGGGGCCAUCCCUGCCUUCUGGGAACGGAACUUGCCGUUGUGUUUGGGAUGAGGGGUGUCCAUGUGCACACACCACCCACAUGCACAGCGGUAUAAAGA